AACACGGGACACGGAAUUUUCCUCGAUGGUUCGCUUAUCGGAACGGGCGGAACUCCUCCGGGUGGCAGCUCGGUGAAGUGCGAGUGUGUGGAAGAGGGCGGCGCGAACGUCAGCGAAAUCGGAAACUCGGUGAUCCCGCAGCAGCAGCAGCAGCCAGCAGCCAGCAGCUAGCACCCAGCACCAGCAACCCCCACCAAUCCCCUGAAACGCAGCAGGCAACGUCGACGACGGAAGGGGAAGGGGGGGCUGGAGUAAGAGGGGCGUGACGAGUGCAGGCAACGUUAAAAGGCCGGAUCAUCCUCCCUGGCCGGGGGUGAUACGCCGUCGGAAGGGGCUACUAGCCAGCCACAGGCCACAGCAGCGAAAAUCGGCAGCGGCAGUGGCAGCGGCGACGGCAGCACCAGCGAUAGCGAAAAUGGAGGCCGAGGUGCAGCAGCAGCAGCAGCAGCAGCCGCAGGAUGUUUACAUCCAUCACCACAACCACCCGACGACGGCGACCAUCAUCGACGAUCGGCAGGAGUGCGAAGUGUGUCUUACGUACCGUGUAGGUGACAUUCUGCUGGACAUCUUCGAGCCGCGGGACGAGGCGGAGAAGGAGAUGCCGUACCUGGUGUGGAAACAUGUCGGGCUCCAGUUUACGCAGUGCGCCCGGAAGCAGUUCAUCUGCUACGACUGUUGGAAGGCGCUCCAGGAGUUUAACCGUUUCUACAUGAUGGUGCAGGACGUGCACACGAAACGGGCCGAAGAGCUGGCGGCGAUCAAGCAGGAACCGAUGGAAGAAGCACCGGAAGAGCAGCAGCAGCAGCACCACCACCAUCAUCAUCAUCGCCACUACCAGCAACCACCAGCCGCGUCCGGGGAACCCGUAGAGAACGGGGUGAACGGAAGCGAAUACGCACCCGUUGCCAUGGCCGACUGCCAUGCACCACCACCACCACCACAAUCGUCUUCGUCGCUGGUAACUGCUGGUCCAAGUGAGCCACAGAACGGUGUGAAGGAUGAGUUUUGCCAACCGAGGGCCGGUGGUCCGGGUGAGCUGCUGCUGAACAACGGUGUCAUGGUAACGGGUGACAUGGAGAUGCAGGCAGGCGGUGCAGCAGGCCAUGUUGUGAGUGGUGCUGGGGCGGUGCUGGAACUACCGGAAGGCAGCGGGCAGCGAGCCGGUCCCGGACCGGGUGGUCUGCCCGGUACACCCGGUAGCCGGAAGCGCAAGAACCAGGAGAUGGACGAUGAGAUACUGGACUUUUACAAGCAGCUGGUGUGCGACGUGUGCGACGAUCGCACCGAGUACGGUACGAUGAAGGAGCUGAACCAACACAUGAGGCUAGCGCACGGUGAAGAGUCGGGCCGUGUCGGGUGCCCACAGUGUGGCAAACAGUUCCGCACCAGGGUGAAACUGCUCGAGCACAAGCAGACACACGAUCACCAUCAACAUCAGCAUCAGCAUCAGCAGGUUCCGGCGACACCGACGACGGUUGGCGGUGAGACGGACGCCGAGAAGCUCCAGUCGGCCCAGAUGGAUCAGGAGAUACUGGAGUUUUACAAGCGGAUCGUGUGCGAUGUGUGCGAUAGUGGGACCGGCACCGGCACCGGCGGUUCCUCGACACCUUCCACCCUGUACGGUACGGUGCGGGAGCUGAACCAUCAUAUGAGAUUGGCGCAUGGGCAGCAGGCGGGCACGGUCAAGUGUCCGCUGUGCGAGAAGAAGAUCCGGACACGACCGAAGCUGCUCGAGCACAAGCGGAUGCACCUGCCCGGUGCGUUCGUUGCCGAGGAAGAUCCAUCCGGGGCGAACCGACCGAUUGAUCUUGGUACCGCUGGUGGUGGUGGUGCUGGUGCCGGUAGUGGUCCGGAGCUAUCCGAGGAACAGUCGUUCGAUGUGGAAAUAUUCGAUUUCUACAAACCGAUCGUCUGCGAAAUCUGCGACUCGGAGCGACUGUUGGGCAGCGGCGAGGGUGGUGGUGGUGGUGGUGGUGGUGGUGGUACGGUGGACGCAGAAUACCGUACGUUACGGCAGCUGAAUCAACAUAUGCGCACGUCGCACGGCCAAGAAUCGGGCACGAUCAAGUGUAAGCUCUGCUCGAAGAAGUUCCGCACGCGCGUUAAACUGAUCGAGCACAAGGAGAUGCACCAGAACCCGGACCGGUUCCGGUGUACCGUGUGCCAGGAGGUGCACCAGAACCUCGAGGAGCACAUGCAGAACAAACACCAGGAUUGGGCGUUCUCGUGCGAAGAGUGCGGCAAACGGUUUCCCUUCAAGAGCCGCCUCACCGCUCACAUGGGCAAGGUGCACCAGAAGAAGGACAUCAUCUGUGAGGAGUGCAACAAACCGUUCACCAAGCUGACGAUUGAGAAGCAUAAGCGGGCCGUACACGGUACGAUGCUGAUGUGCGAGACUUGUCCGAAAACUUUCAAAACACGCGCCUCUCUUGAACGCCACAUGGAGGGCCACAUUGGCGGUGGCGAUCAACUGCUGCAGCAACAGCAACAGCAACUACACCACCAUCAACAACAACAACAACAGCAACAGCAAUCGCAACCACAGCAACAGCAGCAGCAGCAGCAGCAAGGAUCGACUACUCCUACGGUGGUGGCAGCGUCUGCGGGUACCGGAACCGUAGCCAGCGGCACCGUUAGCUGCACGCUGUGUAACUCGGUCCUGAAGGACGAGUACAACCUGAAGACCCACAUGAAGCGGAUCCACGCCGAGCAAACGCCGUCGACGUGCAAAACGUGCGGCAAAACGUUCAAAUCGAAGCACAGCCUCUAUACGCACAUCUCGAACGUUUGCACCACGCGCCAGUUCCCCUGUACGGUGUGUGCGAAACAGUUCAAGAAGCGGACAAAGCUGAAACAACACAUGACCGCAGCCCAUGGUCGGAGUGCCGAUUCUCAUCGGGCACUGCUGGAGAAACUAGUGGGAGCUGCGGAGGAACCGAAGGGUAUCAUCAUCGAAUCCGAUACACCAGAACUCGGUGAGGAAGACAAUGUGUUACCCUCGACCGAAUUCAUUGCCAUCAAGCCAGAGCCGAUGGAAGUGUUUGAAGAACCGCGGGAGGACAAGGAUUUGGAGCUUCCACAGGUGGAAGAGGGUUCUGGAGAAUCCUCAGGUGAUGCCGCUGCUUGUUCCAUCGGCCAAAAGGAACCGAUAGAGGUCAAAGAACCCGCCAAGACGCGUACAACCGUUCGAAAAAGCGCCCGUAAUCGGCAACCACUGGCGAAAACGGUGAUCAGUAAGACGACCAUCGACCAAGAGUUGCUGGAGUUUUACAAGCGGCUGGUGUGUGAAAUAUGUGAUCUUGACCAAAUGGCCACCGGAGAGCCACCGGUUGAGUAUGACAAUUUGAAGGAGUUGAACCGGCACAUGCGAAGGGCGCACGGACAAGGCGAGGGCAGCGUAAAGUGUCCGCUGUGUGAGAAAAAGUUCCGAUCGAGAGGGAAGCUACUGGCACACAAGGAUAUGCACCUCAACCCGGACCAGUACCGGUGCAAGGUGUGUGAGGAGGUGCACCAGAACAUCGAGGAGCACAUGCAGAACAAACACCAGGAGCGCACGUUCUGUUGCGAGGUCUGCGGGAAACGGUUCCCAUUCCAGACGCGACUCAAUGCGCACGUUCGCAAGAUGCACACCGCCAAGGACAUCAUCUGUGAGCAGUGCAACAAGGCCUUCAGCAAAUACACCAUCGAAGACCACAAACGGGCCGUGCACGGUAAUGGGUUCAUAUGUGAGCAUUGUCCGCGCAGCUUCAAAAGCCGGUUCCAGCUGGAAAACCACAUGGAAGAGCAUAGGGUCGAGGAGAGCGGAGUGCGACCGGCAAAGGCAACUUGCACCGUCUGUGGCAUCGUGGUGCGGAACAAGUACAAUCUCACGACGCACAUGAAGCGGAUGCACACGGAACAGAAGCCGGCUCGGUGUGAGUCGUGCGGAAAGGUGUUCAAAUCGAAGCACAACCUUGACGCACACCGGGCAAACGUGUGCACGGAUCGUAGCUUCCCUUGCACGAUCUGUAGCAAGCGGUUCAAGAAGAAGAUCAAGCUGAAGGAACAUAUGACGACACACACGCGGAGCGCCCUGUACCAGUGCCCGUACUGUCCGAUGAGGUUCAGCUUCGAAACGCAGCUCUACACCCAUCGUAAGCAGGCACACUACGAGCAGUGGCUGGAGCUACAGCGCAAGCGGAAGGAAGGUGAACGUUUCCGGGUGAAUCGGCGCGACCUUUUCGUGAACGAAGACUCCCAAAACGCGAUGCCAACGGUCUGCGAAGUGUGCUACUGCUCCUCCGCUGAGCAGACCUAUCUCGAUAUACUGGGCGAAGAACAGAGUGGCCGGAAUGUGGUGAUGCUGCUAUCGUUGCAUCUGCAGUUUGUGCAUAUCGAUAUGCACCGGAAUCCGGAGCAGUAUCGUUGUACCAUCUGUGCCGAGGUGCACCAGGAGCUUGAGGCCCACAUUAACGACAGGCACCGGUGGAAACAGUACACCAAAUACAGCUUCAAGUAUCAUAUGCGCACCGUCCAUGGAAAGCUGGAGCUGGUGUGCGAACACUGCGGUAAGGUUUACCGGACGAUCGGUUUGCUGAACAAACACAAAGCUCUACAUGAGAAGACAAAGUCUCCGGCAAAGAUGACAAACUGUACGUCCAAGGAGGCGUAUCUGGAUAUUUUCGCCGAAGAGCACUCCGGCAAACAAAUUGCCCUGAUCAUUCAGAAGUAUCUCUGGUUCGAAUUUCAUGAUUUCUACACCGAAAUUCAACGAGCCCAAGCGUUAGCUUUUGUGCAUGGCACCGAUGCGGCCACACCUGCCGGAACAGUACCGGAUUGCAUCGUGGAAGAAUGUGCCGCAAGCAAGAUUCAUACCGAGUUCUACGAGGUGAAAGUAGAACCAACCGAUAACGUCUCGGAAGGAGUUAACGAAGAAGAAGGGGAAGAUAACUGUACAGAGAAACCCUUAGCGUGUGUGUUUGUGAAAUGUGAGGGGCUCGUUGCACCGGAUCCAACGGCACAGUCCGAUCACGAAGAAGUAGACAUUUUGCAGGAGCAGCAGGAGCAACAACAGCAGCCACAGCCGCCACCGACUGAGGAAGAUCAAUCCGUUGAUUCAUCAGACGCUUGCUCUACGGCUGGCGAAGGAACGUCGAAACCGAAACAAACGAGAAACGCCGUCACUAGUCAGGACUCAAAGAGACGAAAAGUGGAAGACCAGAAAAAGGAGGAUGAAGAAUUGCUGCGCUUCUACAAGCGGAUAGUAUGCGAGACGUGUGACAACCAGCGGAUGAUGGCCGGAGAACCACAGAUAGAUUACGGCACCUGGAGGGCGCUGCUAAGGCACACGAAGGAGUGCCAUGGGCACGACAAAAUCUACGUCAAGUGCCCCGUUUGCGAGGUGAAACUGCGGACCAAAUUUAACCUGCUGCAGCACAUGGAAAUGCACGAGAAUCCGGAAAAGUAUCGCUGCAAGCUGUGCUCCGAGGUGCACCAGAACAUGAAGGAACACAUGCAGAACAAACACCAGGAGCGACAGUUUUGCUGCGACGUGUGUGGCAAGAAGUUCCCGUUCAAGAAGCGGCUCACGGUGCACAUCAAGAAGAUGCACGUGGAGAAGGAUAUUAUCUGCGAUCAGUGCCAGAAACCCUUUACUCGGUAUACGAUCGAGGACCAUCGGCGAUCGGUGCAUACGGCACGGUUCGUGUGCGAGCACUGUCCCAAAACGUUCAACAGUCGGUUUCGGUUACGGCAGCAUAUGGAGGAGCACGAUGAAAGCUUGCGCAACUCCACAUCCGUCCCGUGUACGGUAUGCGGACAGGUGAUGCGCGACAAGUAUAUUCUUAGUCGGCACGUAAAACUGAUGCAUACCGUGCAGCCGCCCGUGAGUUGCAAUACGUGCGGUAAAACGUUCAAGUGUAAACGCAACCUAUCGGUGCAUAUGGCCAACGUUUGCCUUGAACCGACGCGCCUCUUCCCGUGCACGAUCUGUGGUAAACAGUUUCGGCGCAAAAACAAACUGAAGGAGCACAUGUCGACGCACACUGGGAGACCGCUGUACAUGUGCUCGUUCUGUCCGGAAACGUUCCGCCAGGAUACGCAUCUGUACUACCACCGGAAGAAUGCGCACUACGAGCAGUGGCUGGAGAUGCAGAAGCAGCGAAAGGAAGGGGGAAGCGCAAUGGAAUGCCAGGUGUGCUAUCGGACUAACGAGCCUGCAUAUUUGGAUAUUUACGCCAAGGAGCACAUCGAUAAACGUAUAGCCACGUUAAUAGUCCAGCAUCUGUGCUUUGAGCUAUUGCCGAACGUGGACGCGCCACUCAUCUGCCUCAAGUGCUGGACCGCUUUGGACGAGUUUCACAGAUUCUAUAGUGAGAUUGAAGUGGUGCGGCGGGCCAGAAUAGAGGAUGACGAGAGUAACAAGCACAAGGUGGAGUCUCCCAGUUCCGCGUGCCAAGAUGAGCCCACGUACACCACGGAGUUUCUCGAGAUUAAAGACGAACCACUGGAAGAGGAAGACGAUCAAGGGGACGACGAGGAACCGUUCGAUGAGGGUACGGUAGAUAAGGGGGAACCACCGGACAUGGAGGAUUCCGAUGCUCCCGACGAAGAAGAGGAAGAAGAAGGUGAGGAUGAUGGCGGUGGAGAAGAUGCUACGUCUUCCAGCGACCGGAAACCGUCGAAAACCGAACUGAGAACAGCGAGAAGGAACAUGGAGAACGCGGAGAGAAGCGAAAACCCCGUUCAAACGGAUUCUAAAAACAAGGUGAUCUCGGACGCUGUACCGAUAAUGGACGACGGCGAACUGCUGGAGUUCUACAAGCGGAUCGUGUGCGAGGUUUGCGACAAUCAGCGCAUGAUACGGGGUGAACCGUUGAUCGAUUUUGGCUCCUGGACGGCACUGUUGCGCCACUCGAAGGAGGUGCACGGUCACUACAAAAUCUUCGUCCAGUGUCCAAUCUGCGGGGGGAAGUUGCGCACGAAAGUUACCCUAUGGCAGCACAUGGAUAUGCACAAGCACCCGGACAAGUAUCGAUGCGUGGUGUGCUCCGAGGUGCACCAGAACAUGAAGGAGCACAUGCAGAACAAACACGAGGAGCGGCAGUACAGCUGCGAUCUGUGUGGCAGUAAAUUCCCCUUCAAGAAGCGCCUCGUGGUGCACAUGAAAAAGAUGCACGCGGAAAAAGAUGUGCAAUGUGAUCAGUGCCACAAAUCGUUCACCAAGUACACGAUCGAGGACCACAAGCGUUCGGUGCACAUGGCACGGUUCGUGUGCGAGCACUGUCCGAAAACGUUCAAAAUACGGUUCCGGCUGUUGAAGCACAUGCAGGAACACGACCAGAGCCUGCGCACUGCCACCUCCGUCCCGUGCCACAUCUGCGGCCAGGUGAUGGGCGACAAGUACAUCCUGAGCCAGCACAUCAAGCACAUGCACGCCGAGCAGCAAUCGGUCAACUGUGAUAACUGUGGCAAAACGUUCAAGAACAAGCGCAAUCUGACCGUCCACCUGUCGAACGUGUGCAUGAAGCUGGCACGGAUGCACCCGUGCAGUAUCUGCGAUAAGCAGUUCCGCAACCUGAACCGACUGAAAGACCACAUGGCAACCUGUACGCCAUGAUGAAGCAUCUGAGCAGCAUGGAUCGAAAUCAAAGUAGCCAGUCCAUAUAGGAGCAAUUAGUGGCAGCAGGAUGGCUACUAGGGUACUGCUCUAGGCAUUUUCGUUUCAAGCAAGUAUUAGUUGGCUCGUUGGUAUGGGGACAGGCGUUAUUAGUUUCGUUUCAGCACUGUGUGUAUUUAAAGUAAAGUUUUAGUUUUAUUUGGGAAAAUUAAAACUGUAAAUUAUAAUCAGACGUAGGAUCACUGCAUAUGCUUCCUAUCGUUUGGAUGGGCCAUCAUGAACGCUGCAUCUAAUUUGCAUUCUAAGCCAUUCGUACUCGAAAGCACACUCAUUUGAUUGCAUAAAGGGGGUUUUACUUAAGUAUCCACCAUUCCCAGUCCCGUGAUACAACGCUUUUUGUACUUAU